AUGUCAAUUUCCUGUUUAACCUGGGCGAGCGACUCGCACGGCCUCUUUGAUUAUGAAUCCCGCAAUGUGUUCAAAAAGAACUUCAAAGUUCAGUGCCUGCAAGAUUCCUACCGCGCCAUCCGCAUCAAGACCGAUGUCUUGCUUCUCCCCGAGGAGGAGGCGAUCCAGUUUCUGCAUCAGCAGCGUGAGUUUCCCGCUUCCGACGUCCGGUCGCUCCUCAAGUUACAGUGGACGAAUGGAGCGUACCACGUGAUUCCUUCUCACUCCUCAGAAGUGUGUAUCGACCCCGCGUCUCACGCGGGAGUUCAUGGGGCAGCCUCGCACGCGCGCUCGAGCAACAGCUCGGGUGCUCUCCCUUCCCACGUCGCUGCGGGCCAAUGCCCCGGCAGUCCCCUGAACCGCCCGACCGGCGGGCCCUCGCCUCGUGCGUCUUCGCAGGGACGCCACUCAGGCCCCGCGGCGACGCUGGCCUUCCCCUCGGUGUCCGUGCCGGACUCCGAUCGCUCCCCUGGCGGAGAAGCGAAUCUGCCGGCGGCGGACCGCUGUGACGCGCUUUCCCGUGGACAGUCUCUCUUCCCCCCUGAGAACGCGCACCACACGAGCCGGGGUGGGACUGCUGGAGGCGCAGGCGCUGCUCCGCUCCCGAACGCCUCCCACGUGGUGUCUCCGAAUCCCUCUCCUCCCUCUUCGCUGGCGCCUGGCACAGGGACUGCCGAGCCGCCUGUCUCGUCGCUCGCCGGUUCAGGCAGCGGGAGACUUCCGGAGGCUGAGGAGCCAGCUUCCAGUCGCGCCCCGUCGGUCGACGACCCCGUGCAGGCUGGAAAUGUCUCCAACGAUGGCGGGAGCGUCUCGUCCGCGCGCGGGACGGGCUUUGAGGCGCGCGCGCCCGCAGACAGCGAGGCUCUGUCGCCUCGGCGGAACCCCCCAUCGGGGACGGCGCCGCGUUUCGAAGGCGACACGGACAGUCAAAACCUGGAGCCUGCACACGGUCCAGCCCUUGUCUCUCUCGGCGGAACCCCCUCUUCGCCUGUGGACGAGGGCGAGAACGGCGCGGGUCUCCGCGCCAGCGGCUCGCCGAGGCAUGCGAGUCCCCCACCCUCCGCUGGUUUCUCGGGGGGGCCCGUGGCCCCGGAGGCGGAUCCGAGCCUGGCUGCAGUGACGGGGAGCGACGUCCCGCGCAUCAGCGCAGAGAAGAUCUGGCUUGUCGUGCGCAGUCUCCGAGAGAGAGGAGGCGUCACGUUGCGGGAGGGCGACGUGAUGAAGCUCGGUCGGUUUCGCCUGAAAGUGAAGGAACUCGUGGCGAAUUACCAACAAGCUGCGCGAGCUCAGGAACACCGUCUCCCGGCGGCAGACGCAGAUGAGUGCGAGACUGUGGCGCCGGAACCUGAAAACCAAAACGCGGGUCACUCGGCCGCCAGCGGCGAGCCGGAGGCCCCGGUGCCUUCGCCUGGAGGACUGGGACUCGCCUACGACCAGGUGGAGCAUGGCCCCGGCGGCGGGUCUUUGCAGUCACACAACGACUCGUCUAGCCCCCCGGAGAUUCGAGUCCCCUACGCGUCUCCGCCCCUCGACCCCCUGUCCCUCCCUGGGGACCGCGUCUCCGUGCUGUCUGCCCCGUCCCCGACGUCCCCGGCAGCAACCGGAGACAGCGGAGACAGGGACCAAGAGAGCGGGAGCGAGGUGAGGGAAAGGGAGAGAGAAGAACGCCUCCGGGUCGAAGGCGCCCUCGACGCGGAGUUCCUCCCUCCCCAGUCACAGACGGGUCCGAUGCCUCCAACGGCAGCCGCCACGGACGACGAAGAUGUCUGCGGGAUUGAGAGACCCAGACGAAAUGAAGGCCCACGGCAGGCGUCCUCGUUCGCCCUCCCCGAUGGAUCCGUCCAGGAUUCUCACUGCUCUUCACUCGCUCCACCGGCGCCUCCGACCCCGCGGCAGUUCUCUGAGGGCCUCAGAAACAGCUAUGGAUGCUUCCCCCCUCAGCGGCCUGCGUGCCGGAUUUGUCUGUGCGAAGCACCGGACGAAGACGACGCAGAAAGCAGAAACAAUCCGCUCGUCGCGCCCUGUCGUUGCAAAGAAUACGGCUCUCCGAAUGCGGAUCUGGACGCAGGGAGCAUGAAACAUGUCCACCUCCAGUGCCUUCGGACGUGGAUGGAGGGCCGACUGAACAUACGCAGCGAUGGAACAACGGUUGGAUACUUUCUGCGUGCUCUAGAUUGCGAGUUGUGCAAAGCUCCAUAUCCUGCCUUCGUCGACGGAGGACGCGGCAGGGUCAUUGAGCUUUUUGAGAUUCCGCGCCCUUCCUUCCCGUAUAUCAUUCUAGAGCCGCGGAGCUCUCAUCCGUCUCCCUCGUCGCCGUCGCCCCCGGCGCUUCGGCGCGGGCUUCACGUGGUGUCUCUGGCGACGCGCCGCACUGCUCGCCUAGGCCGCGGCCACGAGUCCGACAUUCGCUUGAGCGACAUCAGCGUUUCUCGACUGCAUGCGCUAAUCAAAUUCAGCCAGGGAGCGUUUUGGUUGGAGGAUCAGCGGAGCAAGUUCGGAACUUUGGUGGAACUGAAGAGGCCCCUCAAACUCGAACGCGGCGGCACGGGAGUUGCUCUUCAGGUGGGCCGUACAGUCAUCUCGAUCGUCGUGAAGCGGCAAUGGAGCUUCCCGCUCCCGGUAUGCUUGAAGGGGGUUCGAGCCCCAGAGAGCGACAUCACUGUCCUGGAGUGUCCCCAGCAGGCGAGCGCGUCGUCUGCCCCGGGCCACGGGCCGUCGAUUCCUCCCGCCCUCACGAGUCCCCGCCACGCCAGCGGAUACGCCGGACCGGCGACCGCAAGCCCCGAGGCUCCCGCGGGGGCCUCAAGGCCGUUCCCGGUUCUCCCCCAAAUGCCGCAAGUGGCCCCGGCCCCACAGAGUUUGCCGUCGGGGCCGCUCGGUCCGUCGGUCCGUCCGCCGGGGCCUGCCGAGCUGCCUGGCGCUGCCUCGCAGAACGCGUCGCCCCAGAGCCGCCCCGAGGCCUUCGGGCCCUCGCAGGUCGUUGUGUCUCCUCGCUCGACGCUCGGGGGAGCGGCGAGGCGUGCCGAACGGCAGGACCUGUCCUUAGAGGCUCCCGGAGCUCAGGAGGCGGCGGCUGCGCCCGGUGGAGGUGAGGGCGUUGGCCAAGUCGACAGCGGCGCAGUCGGGGCGCACACGGGGACGGUCAGAGGCGCUGCGUGUCUCCCCCAGGAGAGGCAGGGAGGCGGCGCUGAGCCCCCCCGCGCGGGCGUCUCAGAGAGAGAAGAGGCGGGAGAGGGCGAAGGCGCACAGGGGCGAAGCAGGCAGGAAGCGGAGGGAGGUGGAGCCGCGGCGGGCGAGGCGAGUGUUGAACGGCGAGAGAGAGAGGAAAGAGUCGAGAACGAGAUCGACCAAGCAGAAGGCAAAGAGGAAGGCAAGGAAGAGACAGCGAAGGCUGCGUCGGGGACAGUGAAGCGGGAAGACGAGGCGUGA